AUGAUUUUUGCUUAUCUUUUUGCAGGCUAUCCCGGGCAUGUUCCUGGUUGGGUCCUCUGCUUUGAUUAUCGCAAGAGCAGGGAUACAAUAAAUCUCACCGAGUUACAUUCUUCAAAGGGGCACAAAUACAUAUGGUAUGCGCUGCCUGGAUAUGCCAUUGGUCUGAUAACUGCUUUGGCUGCUGGUGUCUUGACUCACUCACCUCAACCUGCACUCCUUUAUCUGAUAUUGUCAAAAGUGAAAACAUCAGGAGCUGAUCCACUACUUGGACCCUUAUCGAGUGAUAGUUGGAUUCAGACAUUCAGUGGUUGGUGCCUCUGGUGCAGCUUGGAGUUUGUUUUUAGUGUACCUGUUUCAGUUGAAUGAUGGAGGCUUUCCAUAGUAUUUGAUCCUUACAUGUGCAUUUGUGUGCUAACUCUAUUAGUGGUGUGCUUUUGAUGAUUUGGAUCAAGAGAUUGGUGUGUUUUUUGGCGACAAUUAAUCCUUGAUGUUGGGAGUUAGUAGUUUGGAUUUUGCGGUGCUAACUGUUGCUUAAAGUUUUGGUCUGCAACUUUUUAUUUUUAUUCUAAUCCUUUUACCAGUUAUUUGAUAUUUAAAGAUAAAUCAAUGUAUUUCAGUCUUGAUAAGUAAUCUAUUACAAGUGUCUCUUAUUACUUUCAUUUAAAGAUUAUAUUGUAGAGACAUCAAAUGUCUAUAUAUUGGAUUCACUUUGCAGUGCUUGAAGGUGAGUUUUUUGUUAUUGUUCUGCAUAUCUGGAAACAAUUUUCAAGCUAAUUUGUGAUGAAGGUAUGUUCUUCUAAAGGAAGAGCCUAACAAGUGAAGGUUAUAUUGAUUGUAAAAGAAAAGAUAAACAAGUUAAGAUUAGAUUAAUAUUCAUAAUGCACUAAUUUAGGAGUACAUGAGUCAAUGUGUUUAUAGCUACAAGCAUGGUUUUAUAGGCUUUGCAGCAAAGUUGACUGAUAAACAUGAUCAAAUAAAAUUAUGUUAAACAAAUAUUGGACCUAUUUCAAAUUGGUAUUUUAUGUCUUUGCAUGGUGAGAUUUAUGUUAAUUUUUUUCCAAUCACAACAUUUCAAGUUCCAGAAUUUUAGUCCUUUAAUUUAAUCUACUUUUUAAUCUAUAUGUCAGCCUUUCAACUUAUGAAUGAGUUUUAUAUAGGGGUCAUUUUCACGGUCCUUGGACUUUUUAAUGGUGUUUGCAUUGUUGGAAGUUCAGGAUAUCCUUUAAUGGAUUGAGUUUGAAUUAUAGAUAAUGUGGAAACUUUUGUAUAUGCAAGAUUGACAUAGAUUGUGAAAAUUGUUCAUUGCAAAUUAAGUAUCUCUUACAAUUUUUCAGGUGAUUUGUAUGUAUGUCUUACUUGAAAUUUUCCACAUGAAUUAUCAAAUUUCAUGGUUGUGGGUCAGAAGCAUGUAUAUGUAGUUGAAAAUUUGUACUGCAGGUAUGGCAAGUACUGGAAACUCUAUUGCGACAGGGUACCUUACAGAAUCAUUUCCAGGAAUAUAUUGAAGAGUGAUCAUUGACGACGACUUGCUGAAAUCCUUCGCUUUGGAGCCAUGUUUACCUUUGUUGUUUACGGCCUCUGAUUGGUGUACUUUAGAUGUAAUCGUCCGUUUUAACGGCUCUAUCUCAAAGAACAAAAAUUGUGUAUUUUUUAAUAA